AUGGAUCCUAUAAGCCUAUUACCUAAAGCAGAGAGUGCAGUAGUCGUAGAUAGUGAAAUAGAGGGGACUACAAAAAUAACGAAUAUAGAACCAAUAAGAUUAUAAAAGAGGAGAAUCGUACUCGGCGUGUUUCUUUCCGUCAUCACAAGCUUUUUGUUUACUUUAGCUUGUAGUUGGUCAAAGAAACUUGUUAGAAAGUUCUUCUUUAAAGAAUCAUAAUUAGAGAAGGCUACCCAUAUGUGGAUCACAAAUAAUGAUAAUUCAAAUAACAUCUCAAAGUUAGUAAAGAAGCAAAAUUAAGUUUAUUUCAUCAAUAGAAAACUAAAGUACAUCUAUGAUAGCGCAAUGAAUACAUUUAAAGCUCUAGAAUAUGAUUUGAAGACCAAAAGAGAAUUGCUAAAAUCGAGAGGAGUGUUAUGUAAGCCUAAGAUUAAUCACCAUAGAACCGAAUUCGGGAAAUGCAUAAUUGAUAUCCCCAAGCCCAAUUUGUUUGUAUAUUUGUUGAAGGAAUUGACUGCCCCAUUCUAUAUAUUAUAGUACCUAUCAUGUUUUCUUUGGGUAUUAGAAGUUUAAAUAGACUUGGCUAUAUUGUCUAUUAUCAUGAUAUCGGUUUCAUUGAUAUUCACAACAAUAAACUUUUUGCUUCUUCAGAAUUCAGCCAAAAAAUUGAGAGAUAUGGCAAAGAGUUUGGCAUAGGUUCAAGUAUACAGAGGAGAGGACACCUUUAAUUAACAGGGAAUUCAAUUUAGAAAGAUUGAUAGUCAAGAUUUAGUCCCAGGAGAUGUGAUUGCAAUUGAAAACAAAAUGACGUUGCCUUGUGAUUGCGUAUUGGUUUCUGGAGAUUUAUUGAUGAACGAAGCCUCAUUGACAGGGGAAUCAAUACCUAUCCCAAAGAUUCCAAUCGAAGAUUAGGAUCAACCAGUUUCAUUCAUGACUGACAGGAGACAUUGUUUAUAUGAAGGCACAAAAGUCUUACUUGCAAGACCUGCUUAUUAAUACGUUAUAGCAAUUGUUGGAAGAACAGGAUUUAGCUCGUUUAAGGGGUAGAUUUUUAGAAGUGUUUUGUAUCCAAAAGUGUAGCCUUUUCCAUUUUAUAGUUAAGGAAUAAAAUAUUUAAUUUGCUUGGCCAUUUAUGUUUUGAUUGUGUAUUUUGCAUUGCUACCAAGAUUGAUUUCUGUUGGAUUCAGUUUCAUGAUAAUAUUCUUAAGAUUUUGGGAUGCUUUGACUUGGAUAGUGCCUCCAGCUUUGCCAAUUUUUGUUUCUAUGUGCUAGACGUAUUCUUUGGUUAGAUUAAGAUAGAAAGGCAUUUUUGGAAUUGACCCAAACAAAUCACUGGUUGCUGGUAAGAUCAAUACAGUUUGUUUUGAUAAGACAGGAACAUUGACAACAAUUGGAAUUGAUAUGUUUGGAUAUCAAAUGAGAAACUAGACCAAAUUUGGGAAGUUCAUUCAAAAAAAUCAAGUGAAUUUUAAGAAUAGUUUAGAGUUUAAGUUAUUUGCUACUUGUCAUGGAACAUAUGAGAUAGAAGGUGAUUUAAUGGGUGAUAGUCUUGAUGUAGAAUUAUUUAAGUUUACAGAGUUUAAAAUUGAGAAAAACCCUCCUCAAAAUAUAAAAUCCAGAGUUUCAAAUAGAGAAGGAAUUGUUUUGGAUGUGCUUAAACUUUAUGAGUUUGAAUCUGCUUUAUAAAGGAUGAGUGUAAUAGUAAAAGAUAAAGAUGAUUAUUACAUAUUUGUGAAAGGAUCUCCUGAAAAGAUGGCAGAACUAUCUAAUUAGAAUACCAUACCUGUGGAUUUUAAGAAGAACCUUAAUUUAUUGACGAUGAAAGGACUCAGAAUAUUAGGAUUUGGAUACAGAAAAAUAACUCAGGAAGAAAGCGAAAGGUUAAUGAAUGCCAGUAGAUAAGAAUGCGAAUAGGAUAUUCAAUUUCUUGGAUUAUUGGCUAUGGAAAACAAAUUAAAACAUGAUACUUCAUAGGUUAUUAAUUUAUUAAACAAUGCAAGUGUCGAUCUUAAAAUCAUCUCAGGAGAUAAUCCUUUGACUACUGUAUAAUGUGCUCGAGAAUGUGGAAUAAUACCCCGUGAUAAACCAGUAUUAUUAUUAGAUUACAAUGAAAAAGAAUAAUAAUUGUCCUUAGAUGAAAUUAGCGUUUUUGAUGAUAACCUUAAUGCCAAUCAAUAAAAAUAAAACAGUGAAAUUGAAAUACUCGUAGAGGAUGUAGAAGAUCUAAAUGAAUAAAUUGUAGAUCAUCAACAAAUUAUGAAUAAAUUGAUUCAUCAUUUAUUGACUGCUUAAAAUAUCAAAAGAUCUAUUAUCUCUGAAAAUGAUAGUCUUAAUGCAAGUCACUGUUUUGCAAUGAGUGGAAAAGCAUUUGAUUACUUUUGGGGUCAAUUACCUCAUGAUGAUAUCAAAAAGUAAACCAAAUAAUCCUUUGCAGGAUUUGAGGAGCCACUAGAUAAUGUCGAAUAGAUUAAAAUAUAGGGGUUAACCGAAGAAGAACUUCAUAUUAAAUUGUUUGCAUCAAUCUGUUUAAAUGCAAGAGUUUUUGCAAGAAUGAGACCAGAACAAAAGUCUAUGGUGAUAGAAAAGCUUUAAGAUCUAAAAAAAAUGGUUUUGAUGAUAGGAGAUGGAGCUAAUGAUUGUGCAGCUAUCAAAUAAGCAAAUGUUGGAGUCUCGUUUGCCUAAAGCGAUGCUGCCUAUUCAGCUCCUUAUUCUAGUGCAGAUGACAGCAUUGAUUGUGUUAGAUAGGUACUUUUAGAUGGAAGAUGCGCACUUUAGAAUGCUUUAGAAGUGUUUUAGUUUUAUGUUGGAGCCAGUGUUAUAAAAUACAUAGCAGCUAUGAUAACUAUGGCUUUUGGAUAAAAUUUUGGAGACUUACAAUAUAUUGUUAUUAAUUAUGUGGGUUCCUUGCCUUAUCUCAAAUCGAUCUCACUUUCCAAGCCCUCAAUCACCUUAACUAAAGAUCUUCCAAACGAAAGUAUGAUGGCUCUUUCAAAUGUGGCUGUUUUAAGUUUCUAAAUUUUAGUAGCCUCCCUUGGUUUGGUCAUUAAUUUUCUGUAUUGGAAUAGUUUAGAUUGGGAGAAUGAACCUGGAGUUUAUGAUGGGAAAUUUUCAAAAGAAGGAACUCUGCAAACAACUCAAUUCAAAAGUUUGUAAAUCUAUUUCAUCAUGGCUGUGAUUGCUAUUUACACUUCUAAACCAUUCAAGUAAAAGAUCUAUGCCCACAAAAUUAUGAUAUUCUUUAUAAGCAUAAGUUUAUGUUUUACUUUAUGGAUCUUCUUCACUUUUUAAGGAUGGCAAUAUACUGUAUUAAAACUCUAUGACACAAAUGAAUAACAUGGUAGAUCUUAUAAUUUUAUGCAAUUUAUUUUGACAAUAAUAGUAGGAUUGGUCAUGUUAUUAGGUGAUGAAUAUUUCAUUAGAAAAGUAUUUCCUACAAAUCAAAAGAAAACAAAAAAAUCUAGAGUUAAGCCAAGUAUGUCAAAUCAUAAUUUUUGA